GCAUUUAUGCAGCUUUUUGAAUGUAGAAUGCGUCACCCUUGAAUGCAUUGCAUAUUUAGAGAUAGUCAAGGCUCACAGGCUUUUCAAGCCCCUAGCAAUAUGUCAGUACACCUGGAGCUGGCUGCACAGGCACCUCGGGUGGUGUGUUGUAUGGCAGCACACCCAGGACCGGCCGAAUGGGCACCCCAGGCUGGGGGUUUUAUGGCAGCACGCCCAGAACCAACUGAACGGGCACCCCAGGCUGGGGGUUCUAUGGCAGGUGGUUCCUGCAGCAAGGAAUUCUCCCACCAGUCGGAUGGUUCCUUACCUUGUCCUACUGGGGUGCUGAGAAGAGGGUGGACGUUGCUGCGGUGGCAGGUAACUUGACUAAUAUCCUGUCUGAAAAAAUACAGGAUUCUAUCAAAGCGGAGCGGCGGCUACUGAACGAGCAGGACUGAGGAUCAGUCAUCAGUGAUCAAUAAAUUUCCACAA